CGUGAAGCGCGACCGGCCGGCGUGCACGUCGCUGGUCAGAGCGCACUCUUACGUACCGUCAAUAUCUUUCCGCGCCGGCCUGGCUUCGGGCCUUCUCGUGCGUCACGGUACCGGGCCUGAGGGCCCGGGCCCAACCUGAUUCUUUCUGCGACGAAAAAGCUUUCGAUGAUCAUAAAUCACGAGUGUCAUCUUCAAUAGUUCUCGAGGGUGCGCCCUAACACCUCCACGCUGCUCGUCCCCGGGCCUAACUUACAGUGGUUACACAAGUGCGAACGAGUGAAGCCUACGCAAUUUUUUUGAACCUCUUUUUUAGUAUACCUAUGCCCUUUGGUCUUCUCGGUACCUUAUUUUCUCUACGACUCCUCGAUAUCUUAUCGUUCCACGUUCGCAAACUAGCAACACGCUGUGCUCCGUGUCGUCUGGGAUACUCCGUGCCACGGAGACUUUGAGAUUCAAAAGGAGGAUCUGUUGACAAGCUGUACGAAAGUUAUCUGAAAAGGCUCGAGAUUAUGUCCAGGACGAGAACGACGUGGAGGACAAAGACGUAUACUACGACGAGAGAGUAUAAUUGGUGCGAUUUGUAGGUUACUUUACGUGUCUCUACGUGUGCGUGAGUGUCCGACAGUCGUCGUGACACCCUUUACAGUGUCUCCUCUUCCGAACUGCCCAUUCACGCCGUUUACGUCCUCCGCGAGACAUGUCACAACUUGCUUUAUGCUCGACUCCGUCUCACGUGCAGCUUGCACGUACUCUAGUUUUUCCAGACGAAUGUGCUCGUGUUUGCAAGUUUGAAUCUGACCUUCGGAACGAUAUCGUCGCCGAACGUGUUUGAUGGGCAGAACUUGAGAGAGCUGGGGAAAUAGAAGAGAGGAGUCACGCAGGAGAUAUAGAGGUGGUGUGCGUGAGUGCAUGGCAGGGAUCGUGCUUGAGUGCGUGAAUUCGUUGAUCCGUAAGUGCGUGAGUGCAGUUGUAGACGUACGUACAUGAGAUAGAGUGGGAGAGAGUGUUCCUAUGAAAGACAGAAAACUGGCGUCUCAGGCACAUGACUUGGCGACGGGGUCCCGCGGGACGCGGACCCGUCGAAGAGCCAAUGCCGGUUCUCUUUCGAGCAAUGGAAGUGCUACGGGAAUGCAAUGCGGUCUUUGUGUCGUCGUUGCUGGUCUCUUUCGCAGAGCAAUGUGUAUCGCAGGUAGCAGACGAGGCUCCGGCGAGUCUUGUUAUCAGGAAUUGCCGCCCGAGGGACACGAUCGUCAACUGCUGCCAACGACUACUACCACUACCACCCAUUUUAAAUCCGAACCUUUUCAAACGAACGACGCUCUCGAGAAACGUGCGGCUGCUAUCACCGUUGAUAGCGCGGAACAAAAUGCUGUGUUUGUACGGAUAUCCGAAGAAGCAGCGUUGGCGUCAGCAGGCUCUACGCCGACUACGUUCACAGGGACUUUCACCACCGCGACGACGCCCACGUCGCGACGCCUCUCGAACGCCGAUCGUUUACUCCUGGAAAAUUUGGACGUCAGUUAUUGCCGACCAAGGCACGUCGGCCGAUUUCUCACGAUGCACAAGAGGCGGCGCAAGAGACUCAUCACCAGGUCGUUGAGUCAGGAUUCUGGAAUGUUGGAUGAUAUAUUUCACGGGCAAGUGAGGUGUGUCUUGCAAAGAGCUGGAAACUGGCGGUUCAAUGCCUUCACUUUGGAGACAGUUACAGGAGGUCGCUCUCUACCAGUACUAUGCGUUCAUCUGUUUCAUUGGUAUGGACUUUUGCAGCAUUUCAAUCUGGAAGUCGUUCGUGUUUGGAAAUUAUUCGCCUUAAUCGAGGAAGGUUACCACAGUACAAAUCCUUACCACAACAGUAUACACGCUACCGACGUCACCCAGGCGAUGCACUGUUUCUUGCAAGAAGAGAAGAUAAAGGCGUAUCUCAGUCCUUUGGAAGUAAUGGCGUCGCUGAUCGCUGCGGUUACGCAUGACUUGGACCACCCUGGUGUCAAUCAACCGUUUCUAGUUGCGACGAGCAAUCAUCUUGCUGCCCUAUACGAGAAUACUUCCGUUCUCGAGAACCAUCAUUGGAGAUCGGCUAUAGGAUGUCUGCUGGAAAGUGGAGUAUCGGAACAAUUAACGCGAGAAGUACGAUCUCAACUUCAGGAACACAUUAGUUCGCUAAUCCUUGCUACAGAUAUCACCAGGCAGCAGGAAUUUCUUACGAGAUUUAAGCAAUACUUGGAUGAAAAUCUGUUAGACAUGCGCAGACCAGAGGAUCGACAUUUUGUACUGCAAAUAGCACUUAAGUGCGCAGACAUCUCGAAUCCUUGCAGGCCCUGGGAUAUAUCUCGUAAAUGGUCGCACAAGGUCUGCGAAGAGUUCUUUCGUCAAGGCGAUUAUGAACGGCAGCUGAACCUUCCAGUUACACCUCUCUGUAAUAGAUACACUACGAGUAUACCGAAGAUUCAAGUAGGUUUCUUUAAGUUUGUCGUGGCACCUCUGUACGAGGAAUGGCACCGGUUCUUGAGCGAUGGGCUCAGCGUGUCACUUAUGAAGUAUCUACGAGAGAAUCAAGAUCGAUGGGAGACCAUGAUUAUACAGGAUAACGUCGAGGAGACGAAGAUUGAAAUGUCUAAUCUCGAGGAAAUUGACAACGUUGAAAUUAGCUCUGGAGAUGAGAUCGUUGUCGAUGAUUCUGGAAGCAUUGAUCUUCUACUACCUGAUCUGUGUACGCCACGUAGGCCCAGCUUUCCAGGAAAAAUUAACACGGAACACGUUGGCCGACGACACUCGGUUCCUUUAAGCGUGUCAAAGCCGUUGUCGCUUCCACGAACUGACAUUAGACGAGAAAGUUUGCCUGCUGAGCACAAGAAGUCAAAGCCAAGUUCCCUAGCGAAGCUUGAGGAUCAAAGUCUAUUACCUCGAAAUUCAUUAUCCUCCCUUUCCUCAAGAAGCAGCGUUCAUGAAUCUUUAACUGCGGAAAGUCCUGGGGGAAGACCCGUCAGUGCCGAAAACCUUCUACCGGAACCAAGUAUUGCCAGCAUUACAAAUAGCGUUGAAGCUUCAAGAUUGAGUACGGUCCUUCAACCUGAUCAAAAGGCGUCCUCACAGACAAAACAAUUAACCAGACAGCAGACCUUCCCGCCAUUGCAGCCCUACGUGAGAACAAGAUAUAUGUCGACCACGGCGGAAAUGUCGCAAUGCUGCUCAGAUACUUUUGGUCGGAGGAACGAGAAUUCUGGAAGCAAAUCUACUCUCGUAAAUCAAAAAUCUUGCUUCGGUGGAAAAUGUGGCACACCACCAGAAUCUCCCCCGAGAAAAAUCAGUUCGGAUCUUUCUGCUAAAUCUAAUUUCUCCUGUAUCGGAAGAUCCUUUACAGAACAACAUGCUAAAAGAAGAGGAUCUGCCGUAUCAGAUCAUGUGAAAAGGAGCACAGAUCUGAUUACCUGUUCAGAGUACCCACGACGUCACUCGAUGCAAAUAUCAGAUCCGAUGCAGAUGAACCUUGGUGCCAAGCAGCAUGCACACAGUCACAGACAAAGACGUCCUUCUUCGGGUCAGGAAAUUGAUUCUACGCAGCGAUUCUACGCAUUCUUAACUGGUAGCGCUCGUACGCGUCAUGAAACCCCACCAUCUGAAACUCCCCCAACCUCCUUUUCAUCUAGCUACACUGCACCGGAUGCUAAACCAUACGACGAUAUCGUACGGGAACUUUCCGAAGAGUAUUUGCAAGCGGAUGUACCCGAAUGCCGUCUUUAUCCUGGAGCUCAACCAGAAUCUCUGGAAAGUCGAAAGUGCCAGCCUAGCGGACGAAGAUGUUCUAUUCCGAUAUCGAAUUCAAAAAGUACCGAGAAUCUCACUAGUAGACGUUUCAGUGCGUUACCUGUGUUGCAAACAUCGGAACCGGAAGGCCAUCGUAAAGUCUUCUUUAUCGGCAGUCCACCGGAUUCGCCGCCAAUGGAGCCCAGUGCUUCCUCCAGUAACAGUGGCAGUGAAUUGCAAAGAGGUAUCGGUCAGUCGUGCACUGAGAAUAAUAUUGUAAGCGGUAAAAGAGACUCCGAAACUAUGAGAGACAAAGGGAUCAAGAUUCCAAAAUUAAGCGUUGAAUCUGAAAUGAAGGAGAACGUGGAUCCGCGCGUUGCAGACGACGGAUCGAAGUUACCUUCGUUGACUCGACGUUGCGGUCAGGGAUGGGCGAGAAGACGUGGAUCUGCUCCGGUCGGUCUAAUGUCCAGGCUGGAGGAUAUUUCAACGAGUUUCACGACUUCUCGAGUCGAUCGCUACUCUAGGCGAGGUUCCGUACCAACAGACAUCACUGCGCACCAAAACGGUGGACCAAAUCGAUCGGCGUUAGGUCCUUGCGGCGAGAAUCUCCCGUUACCCAGAAGAGCGAGUCUUCCGCAAGAAAGGGCUUUGGGCAACUUUUUCUCGUCGUCGGUCGAACGGGAGAAUUGUCCGAUGAACAACAACAAUAAUGCUGCUAAUGGCAGUGGUAGUAGCAGCGCCAACAACAAUAAUAAUCGUAGCAGUAGUGACAAUAAUGGGACGGUUUUGGCAUCCGAGGGCGCCACCAGAGCUUCCGGAAUGCCUUCGCCAAGACGAGGUUCAGUACCUGCCGAUAUAUCCGAGCUAAGACGUGACCUCUUCAAUCGGAACAGCGGAAACGUGAACGGGAACGGAAAUGGAAAAUCGCGGAGGAAGAAAAUUCUACGAAGACGGAGCAGCGGGGGUCCAGAAAUGUUUGCCGGGCGUCCAGCCGACGGGAAUGAUAACGGGACUUGGCUGCACUGCAAAAGAGACUUGUUAAAGAACGACUCGAUUCCGGAGCCAGCUGUAAAGAGACGCGGUUCCCUGCCUAUCGAGAUGGUGGCCGCCGUUUCCCAUGCCGGAUCUACUACGGGGACCAGAAGAUCCAGUCUUUGGAGACUUUAGCCUUGAAAAGAAGACUUCGGACAUCCAUAGGACAUCCACGCUGAUGGCACAGAAGAUGUCGUAGAGCUCUUACUUCCGGUCCAGCUGUUGCAUCGAUGUUGACCAAUACGACGGCUAACUAGAUGGAUUUUGGAUUCUCCGGGUAAAUCCAAAGAGGGCUCUUGUCAAUCCUCCUCUUCCUUUGUAUCCUCUUGCUCCAUCUUCUCUCUCAUCUUUUCCUUCUCGUCCUAUUAUUCCCGCUCUCGAAACCUUCGAUGUUUCACAUACAUCCUGAGAGAGCAGCGGCGAGGAAAGAAUAUCAAUGAAUUUCGAGAAUUCUUUAAAGUUAAAGAGGCCUGAGUAUUUCAAUUACUCGGUUUGCCAGGAUUGCGACACAUCGAAAUACUCUCACGAUCAAUAGUUAAGAUCUUUAUGUUAAAAGAGGAAACGCUUGUGUAACUCAUUGUCUUGAGAAUAUCUUCACUUCAAAAUUUCUUACUUAGUCGCCGUUUUGUUCACAUGUUCAAUCUUCGAAAAAGGUUCACCGCGAACUUUUCGGAUGAAGGAAAGCAUGGAAGUUUGAAACAUAAUUUUCUGACUGUUACGUCAUUGGAUUCUCGUAAUUCGAUAACACUAAGAUAAAUUAGAUUUUUUUUUUUUUAGAAAAUGCAUAGAAAAUGAUUUGUGCAAGCUACGCGUGCGGUUAGAUCCUUAUGCAUGAAAACCAAUAUUCUGGAAACGUUUAAAAAGUUACGAACGUGGGUUUGAGCUGGGAUUUCGAAAGGUCAAAUAUUUGUUGUAAAUAUUGGAUUUUUCCGACGUACGGCGGAAAGUAAAAAAAAAUGUGUGUACCUAUUCACAAUGUACCAAGGCAAAAAAUAACUAUUCGGGAUUAAAAUGAGCUUGAGCUGUCACCGAAGAUAUCUCAGGCUGUGAAUAUCAUUGGAAAAAAAGAUCAAAUGAAAAGCAUCCUUCCAAAGUCUUCCUUGUGAAUUUUGGAAUUCUAAAGGAAUGCCACACGCCAAAUCGUUUUGUGCCAUUAACGAAUGUUAAAGGAAAUAUCCGAAGCUCACGAAACGUUUUCGUGAAAUGCAGCUCAAGCGAAGGAGAGGUAGUUGAAAUUUGUUGAUAAGGAGGAAAAAAACAGGGUUCACGAUGAUGAUUUUAACGAUUAAAAAUGCUUAGAUAUAGAGAAGGAGUAAAGACUGGUAGAAAAAAAAAUAUCUGAGGCUAUAGAGGUAGACAUUAAAGAUUCAAAUAGUUUGAAGGUUCUCUUUAAAGUGACAUUUGCUCAUAGCAACGUGGUUGAACUGGAUUCAACGAUUUCGAACAGUAAAAUCGUGCGCAAGAAGGUCGAUCGAUGGGGGGUCGUGCCAGUGUCACAAUUUAUAAGUAUUUCGUACCGACUAUUUCAUCGAACCGAAAGUCGAUUGUACCCAUGUAUUUCUAAACCAGCGCUUGCUGACGAUAAAUUAUUAAAAUAGAGAUUAUAUGUCGAUCCAAAGGGGAUAGAGUUCGAACAAAUAAACACGUAACUAAAAAUGAUUUAGACGUUUAUCCGAAUAUAGUUUACACGAAAAAGAAUAACAAAAUACCAUAACGUUGUGAAAAGCGCUAAAUUGUUCCACAUCAAAAUUAAUUAAGUAAAAAUCUACAUUAAUAACAAUACCGCAUACAAAUUCGCGAACGACACGUGAAAUUGCUGGAUGAAUUUUUUAAAUGAUCUGAAAAGCAUAAAUCUUUUUAAUAAAAAGAACUAACAGCUUCAGAAUUCAUUAGCUAUUGAUUACGCACAGCAGGUAUAUCGAUUUAUCCGUCAGAUAAAUUAAUGAAAGUAUAAUCAUGAUCAUGAUACAUUUCAAGACUCAUUGAAAUAUCAGUUUUGAGAAUAAAUUGGUUUUUUGACCGUCACAUUUGUCUAAUAUAUAUAUAUCAUACAUUAUUAUACGAAGAAGCCCACCUUCUAUGCUGCUAGAAUCCUUGUGCAACAGUGCAAAGACCAUUUUUUCAAUUAUCCCUACGAUAUUCUGUCCUCUUCGACGUAACUCAACAACUAAAGAAAUAUUCACUUUAUUUUUCAUCCACGUUUCGAUCGAGUCAAUCUCGAUUCAAACUGAACUGGUCGUUCAGUGCGCUUUAUGUUUUUCGCAUUGUCGCAAAAGAAAAAAAAGUUCAUGUCCUAAAGAGAUUACAUAAAAUUGCGUCAAAUCGCGUUGCACCUGCUAGAGUCUAUGGAAAAAGUUCAUUCAGAGUGAAAAAGACUGCAGAACACAAAAUCCAUUUUGUGUCGAAACUUAUCAGAGAUAAGACUAUCUCUCUCUUAUCUCUUUUUCUCAUACUCUCCCACUUCUCUCUCUCUCUCUCUCUCUCUCUCUCUCUCUCUCUCUCUCUCUCUCUCUCUCUGUUCUCUAUGUUCCUGAAACAUAAACUCUAUCACCUUCUACCUUUUUUUCAUGCUCGUUCAUUCUCUCUCUCUCUCUUUUUCUCAUUCUGUAUAGCUAAAUCGUCAAACAAUCGUACCUCGACUAUAAAAAUUGCCGGAGCAAAACCUAAAUCGAGUACACUUCAGCCACGGAUGGCCGGUCUUCAUUGGAGAAUAUCUCAAAUACAUUUGAGGAUAGACGUAGACAUUCCAUUAAAAAAAAAAAACAAAAUGAAAAAAAGUGAACUAUCCGUAUAAUUGACGAUCGAAGUAAUAAUAAUCAUGUCGAC